AUGGAGCAAGGCCAGAGGGCCCCUGGCAGAGCCAGGCAGAGGAAGAGAGCGGGGCGAAGGCAGGAGGAAGAGGAGGAGACUCAGGGGCUGGACGGGAACAUCGAGCAACCGGAGAGUGUCACCAGCCUCAUCCAAUGGAGGAGACGCAUGGAGGUGGUGAAGUCGGAGCUGCUGGAGCACAUGCAGGCGCAGCUCGGGGACCUGCUGGACAAGGCCGCGGAGGAGGCUGCACGGUGCUACCCGCAGCCCCACAGAAAGGCCCGGCUGGAGAGAGAGGACAGGGGGAGAGGCUCCCUGCUGGAGAAGCGGAAGGUGUUCAUCGACCGGCAGUCGCUGCUCGACGAGCUGCUGGAGGUGGAGCACUUCCAAACCAUCUAUCACAUGUUCAUUGCCGUGCUCUGUGUCUUCAUCGUCAGCACUGUCGUGGUGGACUUCAUCGACCAAGGGAGCUUAGUCCUGGACUUUGACCUCUUCAUCUUUGCCUUCGGGCGUCUCCCCACGGUGCUGGCCACCUGGCUGGUCAUGUUCCUCUAUACCCUGCUGGUCCCCUACAAAGCCCUGCAGCUGUGGGCUGGCUCCUACCACACCGUGCGCUUCCCCCGCCUCUUCACUGCCAUCCUCUGGGGGGCGCUGCUGGCCUGCCACACCACCGUGCUUGGCUUCUACCCCAUCUACAUGGUGAUCCAGUACCAGCUCCCACCCGCAUCCAGGUUCAUCGUCGUCCUCGAGCAGAUCCGGUUCGUGAUGAAAAGCCAUUCGUUCCUGCGGGAGGCCGUGCCCGGCAUCAUCCAUGCCAAGCCGCUGGACGGGGAGGUGAAGCCGCCUGCGAUGUCAACGUACUUGUAUUUUCUGUUCUGCCCCACGCUGAUCUACAGGGAGAGUUACCCCAGGACCCCCUACGUCCGGUGGAAAUACGUCGCUCAGAACUUCGCCAAGUUUCUGGGCUGCCUGUUCUAUAGCUAUUUCAUCCUGGAGCGCCUCUGCAUCCCCGUCUUCACCAACAUGAGCAAGCAGCCCUUCAGCAUCAAGACGCUGGUGCUGUCCAUCUUCAACGCCACCCUGCCAGGGACUUUCCUGCUGCUGCUGGCGUUCUUCGCCUUCCUGCACUGCUGGCUCAACGCCUUCGCCGAGAUGCUGCGCUUUGCCGACCGGACCUUCUACAAGGACUGGUGGAACUCCACAUCCUUUGCCACCUACUACCGGACGUGGAACGUGGUGGUUCACGACUGGCUCUACUACUACCUCUACCAGGACCUGUUCUGGCUCUUCAGAGGGAGGUCCCGGGUCGCAGCCAUGCUGUCUGUCUUCAUCACGUCCGCCAUCGUCCACGAAUAUGUCAUCACCCUCUGCUUCGGCUUCUUCUACCCCGUCAUGUUCACCCUCUUUGCCAUCUUCGGAGUGAUCUUCAACUUCCUGCUGAACGACAAGCGGAAGAGCCUGAUCUGGAACAUCAUCAUGUGGACCUGCCUCUUCAUCGGCCAGGGCAUCCAGGUGUGCCUCUACUGCCAGGAGUGGUACGCCCAGAUCCACUGCCCACUCGAGCAGAAGACGUUCUGGGGGCUGGUGACACCGCGCUCCUGGUCCUGCCGCAGCUAGGGGCCCCUCUGGGUGCCGCCUUCCCCAUCGCACCAGUAGACACCAGAGGACGCUCAGCUACGCCCAGGCCCACCGGACACCCCUGCUACCAAGAGCUCCUGCUGCCAGGAUGCAUGGAGGAGCGGCACAUGUCCUUCUCUGCCCCUUUGGCUUCUUUCUUGCUCAGCGUGGCCAAAGCGGAUCGGGCUGGACUACAUUUCCCCCACGAGGCCGGGCUUUCGGUCGCUUCCCCAGGGAGGCUGUGGGCAAGAGGGCAUUGCCAGUGGGCCUGGCUCUCUGGAGAGACCUGGGGUGGGGUGAGGAGCAGCUGCCACCCCAGCCAUGCACCAGCGAGCCAUACUGGACAUUCUUGCACUGAGACAGCCCUGUGCACUGUGUGGACGGGCCAGAGCAACAGCAGGGGCCAUCCCGUGCCUCAGCCCCGGGUUCAAGCCCUGCAGCUGGACUGUCUUUUCCAUCCACUCCCAUGGGGGAAAAGGCCACACAAGAGAAUUCUGCACUCACACAAACGUGCCUGCUCCACCUCUGGAUAAGACCCGGACUCUGGCAUUGUCUCACCCUACAAAUCAUCGGGUGCUGAUCCUGACACCAGGCACGGUUCCUCCAUUCACACUCACCUCCCUAGGCAAUGGACACGAUCCUCUAGGCCAGCAGGUUCAUCGACAGGGCAGUGUAGAUCGAGGGGUCCGUGAGCAAGCGGCGUUCCCACCCUGCCCCCGAAACCCCAUCGGCACACGCCGUGAAAGGGCAGAGCCCAGCCCUUUGGCUUCACUAACAGGGCAAGUCGCCGUAAACCCAGGUGCACUCCAGCCCCAGCUGGCUGCCCGUAGGGACCUGUCUGCCUGGGAUGGUACCUCCUACUGAGCAGUUUUAGCACUACCUCUGCAUCAGCUGGGCCCUGCGGCCAUCGUCUCUCUCCCAGGGCCAGGCUUUGCUAACAGCAGCUCCCAGCCCUGCAAAUGAAAUUGAAUGUGGAUAAAUGUCAAGUAAUGCACAUUGGAAAAAAUAACCCCAACGAUACACACAAUAUGAUGGGGGCUAAUUUAGCUACAACGAGAUCUUGGAGUCAUCGUGGAUAGUUCUCUGAAGACGUCCACGCAGUGUGCAGCGGCAGUCAGAAAAGCAAACAGGAUGUUAGGAAUCAUUCAAAAAGAAAUAGAUAAUAAGACGGAGAAUAUCUUAUUGCCCUUAUAUAAAUCCAUGGUGCGCCCACAUCUUGAAUUCUGCGUACAGAUGUGGUCUCCUCAUCUCAAAAAAGAUUUACUGGCAUUAGAAAAGGUUCAGAGAAGGGCAACUAAAAUGAUUAGGGGGUUUGGAACGGGUCUCCUAUGAGGAGAGAUUAAAGCUUGGAAAAGAGGAGACUUAAGGGGGGAUAGGAUAGAGGUAUAUAAAAUCAUGAGUGGUGUGGAGAGAGUGAAUAAGGAAAAGUUAUUUACUUGUUCCCGUAAUAUAAGAACUAGGGGCCACCAAAUUAAAUUAAUGGGCAGCAGAUUUAAAACAAAUAAAAGGAAGUUCUUCUUCACACAGUGCACAGUCAACUUGUGGAACUCCUUGCCUGAGGAGGUUGUGAAGGCUAGGACUAUAACAGGAUUUAAAAGAGAGCUAGAUAAAUUCAUGGCGGUUAAGUCUAUUAAUGGCUAGUAGCCAGGAUGGGUAAGGAAUGGCUUCCCUAGCCUCUGUUUGUCAGAGGGUGGAGAUGGAUGGCAGGAGAGAGAUCACUUGAUCAUUACCUGUUAGGGUCACUCCCUCUGGGACACCUGGCAUUGGUCACUGUUGGUAGACAGGAUACUGGGCUGGAUGGACCUUUGGUCUGACCCAGUACGGCCAUUCUUAUGUUCUUAUGUUCAUGCUGCUCCAGGGACAUUGUCCCAGUAGAACUAUGUCCAGUAGGAGUGUGAUUUUGUUACCAAUAAAACCAUUGGUGUGGA